UUCGUCUCCAUAGAGAAGCGGUUCACCCUAACGCAACUAGCAUUACGCAUGACAUGGAUGCCGCAGGAGCGAGUUUAUUCUCUGAGUCUUUGCGGAUUGUGAACUCUGCUCCUCUCGCAGUUUUCUCACACAGUCGACAUCUGAUGUGCGUGUCGGAUCUCCCCAAAGGACGUGUGUUAAACAGUUUGCUGUUUCAGGAGAUCACGUCUGCAGCCCCCGUGUCUUAUGUGGGCUGCACUCGAUAGUGACCCGGAGCUUUACGCGCAGCCGAUCCCCAUGCUUUAGCAACACAGCUCAGCGCACUCAGGCGUAGAUGUUUCGAAAAAGAACAGGGUGAAAUAACAAAGAUGAUACAAACGGACAUUUUUCAGACAGAAUGGAUUUAACCCAGCUAAGCCUCUUGUUGGAAAAUGUUUCCAACGUUGAAAACACCACCGACGCACCGUUCGCUCUGCCACACACAGAGGCAGCCACCGCACUCAUCAUCCUCGUGGUUACAGUGAUCAUUUCGGUCACAAUUGUUGGUAAUGUGUUGGUGAUUGUAGCGGUUCUUACUAGCAGGGCUCUCCGUGCCCCUCAGAACCUUUUCCUGGUCUCUCUUGCAUCGGCGGACAUCCUGGUGGCCACACUAGUGAUCCCCUUCUCCCUCGUCAACGAGGUAAUGGGCUACUGGUACUUUGGAAGUACUUGGUGCGCCUUCUAUCUCGCUCUGGAUGUGUUGUUCUGCACCUCAUCCAUCGUUCACCUGUGCGCCAUCAGCCUGGACCGAUACUGGUCAGUAACAAAGGCGGUUAGCUACAACCUGAAACGGACACCUAAGCGCAUCAAGUCCAUGAUUGCUGUAGUGUGGAUAAUAUCUGCUAUCAUCUCCUUCCCUCCUCUCCUCAUGACCAAACACGAUGAACGGGAGUGUCUGCUAAAUGAUGAAACCUGGUACAUCCUCUCAUCCUGCCUGGUCUCCUUUUUCGCUCCCGGUCUCAUUAUGAUUCUGGUAUAUUGUAAAAUUUAUAAAGUUGCCAAGCAGCGCUCCUCCACCGUGUUCGUGGCUAAGAAUGGCCUGGAGAGGCAGCCCUCUCAGUCAGAGACCUGUUUUGUCAGGAAGGACCGGUUCGAAAUGGAGAGCCCUAGCAGUCAAAGCUCCGGCAGCCAUCCGCAAAAGCAAGGGGAGCUGGACGACAUCGACCUGGAGGAGAGCUGCUGUGCAUCGGAUACGAAACCCCGACACCAUCGCUUCACCAAGCGAAGGAAAGUAGAGGGAUCGGACAGUUGUCCACCCCAGAACUGCCGACUUUCCUGGGCUUCAGCCCGGGCGUUACAACUUUACCCGGAGCAGAAGAACCCAGCUGGGCGACAACAGCUGGCCGCAGCCAACAAGACCAAAGUGGCCCAGAUGCGGGAGAAGCGCUUCACCUUCGUCUUGGCGGUAGUGAUGGGGGUGUUUGUGCUCUGUUGGUUCCCCUUCUUCUUUACUUACAGCCUGCAUGCUAUCUGCAGAGAGAGCUGCUACAUCCCCGCCGCACUUUUCAACCUUUUCUUUUGGAUUGGCUACUGCAACAGUUCUGUGAACCCCAUAAUCUACACCAUUUUCAACAGGGAUUUCAGAAAAGCUUUUAAGAAAAUCAUAUGCAGGACAUCAAAACGCACAUGAAAGGUUGAAAAAUAAUUUUCUGGCUCUCAGAAACAUUGGGGAGAAAUCAUAGUAUUAUAACUUAUUGAUCUUGGCUGACUAUUCUGCUACUCCAUCAUUUAAAUGUAAUGUUUAGCAUAUUAAAAUAUCCAGUGUUGUGUACACAUUAAAUUGUCUAUAAUUGAAAUAAAUCAUUAUAUAUACUUGACCAUUCCUGCAGCAAGCUCAGAUAUUUCAGGGUAAGGUGAAGUCAUGGUCACUUCUGUUGCUGGACUCUGAGUGUUGGCAGCUGGUCACUGUGGGUGCCGAGAUAAAUAGAAGAUUAAUCUCCAGCAUGGAGACUUUGACUUUUUUUGUGAUAUUGAAGAGGAAAAAAAGUGCUGAAUUCUGCAUGGAUGAAAUGUUUGGCCUUAUUUCAGGUAAUUUGUGUAGCUUUCUGUGCUUGCUGCAGUUAAAGGUACAGCAAGGUUAUCAGUUGUCUCUUAUCAGUGAACCCCUAAACUUAUGUAAGAGUCUAAUCUCACACCUCCGCCAUGCUAUCACACCACCUCAGGACCAGAACAAUGGCCGAGCUGAGGCCUGCAUUCGCAGAAUUGA